AUGCGCCUCGCCAAUCCCAACGCGGAGGGCAUGAGCCCCGAAACCCGGGUCGAAAAUGAAGUGGCCAUGAUCAGCCUUGCCGCCGCGGCACUCAAAUCCUUUCAGCCGUCCGUCGUCCCUUCAGGUUGGAUCAUCCAGCAGCUGAUGCGUGGCAAGUCUAUGGAUGAGUCAUUCGGCUCCAUGACCCUGGAGCAAAAGAAGGUGGUUCUUUCGCAAAAGGCCGCACUUCUCAAAGCACUGCAGGAUUAUCAACUCCCUGAUAGCAUUACCGGGUAUGGAGGCGUCACCUAUGACGAAGGCGGCCGAAUGAUCAGCGCGGCCAUGACCAGUGUUGGCGCUGGGCCAUGGCCGACCUACGAGUCUUCGUUCAAAAGUCGACUGGAGGUAGCACUCCGGAGAGCAGAUGCAAAUCCCUACAUACAAGGAUCGCAUGCCAAUGGUAUCAGAGAGCGCCUGGAUAACUUUGUGGAGCAUGGCCUCCCCAGCCAGUUUCAAUUUCUGCAGGCUCAGGAUAAGUCUAUUGUUUAUGCUGAUUUCACUACUAACAACCUUCUUUUUGGCCCCGCCAGUCUACGUAUUACGGCGUUGAUUGACUACGACUUCUCGUGUAUCACGCACCACUCUUACGAGUUCCUACGCUCAUUCGACGGUGCCGGCGGUCAAUUCAGGGGUUGGUCCGGCGAUGAAACUAGUGAACAAGCGGUACUAAGAAAUGCCAAAUUGCACGGGUUUCCGUCGCCGCUGCCACUUACGACCGGAGUAGAUUGGGAAGUAGCGAAAGCCUGGGAAGACGAACUGGAGAGACAGUGUGUCAAGAGACCCAGGACGAUAGAAGGAAUCGACAAGGUAACAGACGUCGAUACUGUAUUGCGCACUAUCUUACCUUGGAGGGUGAGCAAUUCUGACAUUCUGCGGCUCCAAUCUGAAAAGGUGAUCAUGCAAUACAAGGAGGAAAAUGAGCAGCAGCUCAUUGGCCUACUCGAACGCCUAGGGUUUUAA